AUCACCACGAUGUUCGACUCAAAGAUUAGGGUGCCCAAGUACGAUUCGGAGGCGUUCGACAAUGUCGAGUACGAGCUCCAGAUGACGUACACCGUGGAGACGGAUCGCCGGAUCAUGAGCUUCUACGACUCCAUGUGGGGCAUGGAGGUGUCCGGCGGGAGCGAUCAGUUCGAGCCGCUGACCAUCUUGAAUGUCUCGCCCACCGGGUUGGCCAAGAGGGCGGGAAUGCGGGUGGGCGACGAGAUCACCCAGAUCAACGAUGUGCCUGCUCUGGAGAUGACCUUCAACGAAGCCCUGCUAAUGUUCCGCAAGAACUCGCACUACGUUCGCGUCUAUGUGAGGGGCGAUGACGAUGCCCCCGGCGAGGAGGACUGGACCUGCGAUUGCUGGUUCAAGCCGAGAAAGCCCUGGCGCCGCGACUUCACCCCCAUUCAGUGGACCUUCCCGUGGAACGAUCGCCGCAAGCCGGUCUACAAGGAGUCCAACUGCUUCAUGGUGCCCAGCAAGAUGGAGGAGAAGAUCCGGGCUAGACGUGCUGCCACCUCGGCUGUCCACAAGAAGGAGGAGCUGGCUCCGCACACUCGCUCUCUGACACCUACUCCUAGGCCCAAGAAUCAGCCGGGUCCGAAUCUUCUCGAGACUGUUCUGAGACCACGUGGACCACCGCCAAGGGAUUAAGGCAGCGAUCCGAAAGUUGAAACUGGCCAAGUCACAGGGAGAUGCAGGAAGCGCCGAAUCCGCAGCAGUGCAUCAGGACCCGUAGGGAAUUUACACUUUGAAGAAGGCAGUCAGCUGUGCAACCAGUUAAAGUGCCUAAGUGCCUUGCGAAUCGAUUGAGAAGAAGGUUCUGUCGAGAACCGUGUCUAACCCUGCGCUGAAACAAGGAGGACACUUAAAAUAUUGAGCCCUAAAAAUAUCUGUCAAGCCAUAGUCAAUACUAACAAAAAGAUUUUGAAGAUUGUUUUAAAACUCUGUCAAAUUCUUUUUACAAGUUUAAUUUAAACUAAUUGUUUAUUCAUUUCAAAAACCAUGUUAAAGGUAUGCUGUUGAAAUGAUAAAAGGUUAUAAAAAACAGAAACUAUCCCUUGUACUUAAAUCUCAAAAAGAUAAAUAUAUCUAAAAAUAUAAAUAUAAAUUAUGAGUUAACUAUUAAAAAUCUA